GGGAGGCCCCGGACCCCGCCCACUGGGGUUACUGGUUUCGUGGACCACAUCCAGGAGAAGACCUUCCACGGGCAGGUCCUAAUUAGGAGCUAAUUAGGGUUGCACUUAACGAGCUUUGAGGUCCUUUCCGACCCUUCCUCGUCCUUCCAAGAGGUCCCGGGUCUUCUCCUGCCUCAGGACCUUGGAACCUCCUGGAGAUGCUCCUCAACCAACCCAACUGGGAAUCCCCUCCCCCCAACUGGGAAUCCCCUCCCCCCAACUGGGAAUUCCUUCCUCGGAGGCCUCCAAAACCCUGGAUUUUCUGCUAUUUUUGGGUGGAAAUUGAGGAUUUUGAAGGUCCCACCUCCAUCUCCUGCCCCGGGAAGUAUCUCAGAUGGUUCUUCUUCACCCUCCCCCCCCCAGUAAACCACUGGUGUCUCCAUGAGCCAGGUCUCUGCGGGGGGGACAACCCUGACCUCCUGGUCCAGUUGGAGGAAGAGGAGGAGGAGGAGGUUUGGAUUCCCAUCAUCCCCACCCCGGAGGAGGAGGAAGAGGAGGAGGAGGAGGAGGAGGAGCUGGUGAGGCCCCUCUUGAGGCUGCGGAGCAGGAGAAGGAAGCGCUGGAGAAGCUGCCGAGAGGCCGGAAGCUCCUCCUGGUCCAACUCUUCAGGUGAGGGAGCCCCCCCCUUUUCCAAAAUGGAGACACUGGUGGAACUGGGAGGAGCUGGAAGUUCCUCCCAUUGUCCCCCAGUAGAUGACGAGGGGUGGCCCAGCGAGACGGAGGAGGAGGAGGAGGAGACCUCCCAGGAGGACGAUGGGACCUUCAGGAGGAGACCCAGAGGCGGCGUCUCCCCGGCUGCCCCCCACCCCCCCAAGAACCCCUCGGGGGGGAGGAGGAGACCCCACCGGGGCAAAAAGGGGGGGGCGGGGGGAGGGGGACCCCCCCAACAUUCCUGCAGGAAAUGCGGGAAGAGCUUCAGCCGCGGCUCCUCCCUCAACCGCCACCAGAAGAUCCACCGGGAGGAGAACCCCUCGGCCCCCAAGGGCCACCAGAAGCCCCAGCAGCAGGAGAAGCCCCACCAGUGCUCCCAGUGCCCCAAGGGCUUCGCUUCCACCAAGUCCCUCCGGAACCACCUCAAGCUCCACCAGGAGAAGGGACCUUUCCAAUGUCCCGACUGCGGGAAGACCUUGGUCUCCAACUCGGCCUUGACCAUCCAUCGCCGCAUCCACACCGGGGAGAGGCCCUUCCAGUGCCCCCAGUGUCACAAGACCUUCAUGGCCAACAAGUCCCUCAAGAAGCACCUCAAGAGCCACCACAGGGAAGGUGCCGCCUUCCCGUGUCCCGACUGCGGGAAGACCUUGGUCUCCAACUCGGCCUUGACCAUCCAUCGCCGCAUCCACACCGGGGAGAGGCCCUUCCAGUGCCCCCAGUGUCACAAGACCUUCAUGGCCAACAAGUCCCUCAAGAAGCACCUCAAGAGCCACCACAGGGAAGGUGCCGCCUUCCCGUGUCCCGACUGCGGGAAGACCUUGGUCUCCAACUCGGCCUUGACCAUCCAUCGCCGCAUCCACACCGGGGAGAGGCCCUUCCAGUGCCCCCAGUGUCACAAGACCUUCAUGGCCAACAAGUCCCUCAAGAAACACCAGAAAAGCCACCAGGAGGAAGGCACCUACAAGUGUCCCGACUGCGGGGAGGUCUUCUCCAAGAGCUCCACCUUCGUGGUCCACCUCAGGACCCACCGCGGGCAACUCCCCUACCCCUGCCCCGACUGCGGCCAGGCCUUUGGUGACCCUUCCGCCUUCAACCUCCACCGGCAGAACCACCUGGUGGAGAAGCCUUUCCAGUGCCACCAGUGCGGGAUGGGCUUCCCCACCCACUCGGGUCUUCUCCUCCACCAGAAGAGUCACCUCGGCCCCAGGCCCUACGUCUGCUCCGACUGCGGGAAGGCUUUUCGGGAGAACACCACCCUCCGGCGCCACCAGCGCAUCCACACCGGGGAGAAGCCCUACCAGUGCUCCCACUGCCAGAAGAGCUUCCGGGCCAGUUCCACCCUCAUCAUCCACCAGAGGAUCCACACGGGGGAGAAGCCCUACCCCUGUCCCAAGUGCCCCAAGUGCUUCAUGUCCAGCUCCUCCCUCAUGAAGCAUCUGAGGAGCCACCUGAGGAAGGAGAUGCUGGUGGGACCCCAUCAGUGACGUCCCCAAGGGUGACCUCCUGGUGGGUCCCCAUCAGUGAUGUCCCCAUGGAUGACCUCCUGCUGGUGGGACCCCAUCGACGACAUCCUAUUUUGCCCCAAUUUUUCACCCUUGGACCACUUGGAAACAGAAGCAGCCCCAAAAGCCACCGGGGGGGAUGGGGGUGGUGUCUCAUGUUGUUUAUUUUC